AUGAAUGAGACUAAAAUAAAUGGAGACUAUACUCCACAACUAUAUCUAGAUAAAGAAGACAAGACAGAAGAAGCUUUAACCAAAUUCGAAAACUUACCGGCCUGUACAUAUAUAAGAAAAGAAUUAGGUUCCUCAGCUAAAACUAAUUCAAAUGAUAAAAAAACCAAAAGGAAAACAGAAUAUAUAACGUGUGAUUGUGAAGAAGAAUGGAAUAGCUCUUUACAAAAAAAUUUGGCAUGUGGAGAACAUUCAAAUUGUAUUAAUAGAAUUACAUCAAUUGAAUGUACCAAUAAACAUUGUUUAUGUGGUGAAGAUUGUCAAAAUCAAAGAUUUCAAAAAAGAGAAUAUGCUGAUGUAUCAGUAUUUCAAACAGAAUUAAAGGGGUAUGGAUUAAGAGCAAAUUCAACUAUCACUGAGGGUCAAUUUAUUUAUGAAUAUAUUGGAGAAGUUAUUGAUGAACCAACAUUUCGUAAUAAAAUGAUAGAAUAUGAUCAAAAACAAUAUAAACAUUUUUAUUUCAUGAUGUUGAAACAAGAUUCAUUCAUAGAUGCCACUGAAAAGGGAUCAUUAGCAAGAUUUGUAAAUCAUUCAUGUAACCCAAAUGCAUAUGUUGAUAAAUGGGUAGUUGGAGAAAAAUUAAGAAUGGGUAUUUUUUCUAAAAGAAAAAUUAUACCAGGUGAAGAAAUUACUUUUGAUUAUAAUGUAGAUAGAUAUGGAGCACAAUCACAACCAUGUUAUUGUGGUGAACCAAAUUGUUUAAAAUUUAUGGGAGGUAAAACUCAAACUGAUGCUGCUUUAUUAUUGCCUGAAGGUUUUGCUGAGGCUUUAGGUGUGACAUCCAAAAUUGAAAAAGGUUGGUUGAAAGAAAAUAAACAUUUAAGAUCUAAAUAUCAAAAAGAUGAUUCUACUAUAAAUGAAAUGUUUGUACAAAGUUUGGAAAUUGAACCAAUGCAAGAAAAUGAUGUUUCUAAAGUAAUGGCUGCAUUAAUGAAAGCUCAACAACAAUCAAUUAUACAAAAAUUAAUUGGUAGAAUGGAAUUAACAGAAGAUAAGCAUGUAAAUUCAUUAUUGAUUAAGUUUCACGGGUACAAGACCAUGGCUGGAGUUUUACAAGAUACAAAUGAUGAUGAAUUAAUUAUACUGAUUUUAACAAUACUAUCUAAAUGGCCAGCAAUGACAAAAAACAAAAUUUCAUCAUCACAAAUAGAGGAUGUAAUAAAGGAAAUAAAAGCUAUAAAUGAAAAUGAAGUAAUACAAGAACUAAUCAGUAGUUUGUUAGAUCAAUGGUCAUUAUUAGAAAUUGCAUAUAGAAUCCCUAAAGUUCAAACAACAGAUAAAUCAUUAAUGGCAUCUUACGGAAGGAUUUCAAGAUCACCAGAACAUCAACCAAAUGAUGAAUACCAAAAUCAAAUUCAACAAUCGGAUUUCCAAUCAUCUAGUUAUCAAUUUGAUAACAAUACAAGUGAGUAUAAUGAAGAUCAACCACAAACACAAGACAAUACAUUAGAAAUCCAUGAUGGUCAUAGAUUACCAAAAGAUUGGAGAUCAACAUUUGAUGAAAAUACUCAAAAAUUUUAUUUUUAUAAUAUAGAAACAAAAGAAACAACUUGGAAUUUACCAUAUGGUUCAAUCCCAAUUAGACCAAAAUUACCAAUAGGUCCAAGUAUAGAACAACCACAUUAUCAAAAAUCAACAUCACAAGAAUAUCAACAACAACAACAACAACAAUUUAAACAAAAUUAUGAAGAAGAAAUUGCACGUAGAGAAGAAGAAAGAUUACAAACUGAAAGAAAAGCAAAAGCAAAAGAAAUUUAUGAUAGAGAUUUAAAAUUAAAAGAAUUGAUUGAAUUAGCUAAAUCUAGUCAACCUGAAGAAAAACCUAAAAAAAAUGGUCAUAGUCAUCAUAGUCAUAACCAUCACCACUCAAAACCAGACCACAAAAAAGAACAUAAACAUAAGCAUAAAGAACAUAGAAGCGACAAACCAACAACAUCAAAACCUAAAAAAGAAGUAUCAAUAGAACAACAAUGGAAACAUAUAUUGGCAAAACAUAUCCCUAAUUUAAUUAAAACAUAUGAAUCACAAAUUGGUAAAGAUAACGUUAAAGGAUGUGCAAAAGAAAUUGUAAAUAAUUUAGCAUUGAAAGAAAUCAAAAAAAAUUCAGAGGCUGAUACAAUACCAAAAGAUUUAGAUAAGCACAAAUUAAAAAAGAUUAAAGAUUAUUCUACAUCAUAUAUGGAUAAAUUCUUAAUCAAAUAUAAAGCCAAAAAGCAAAGUAAAAGAAAAUUAGAAAAUGGUCAUACUAAUGGAAAUAUAGAAUUCGAAAAAGAAUACGAUGAUGGAUCUUACGAACCUGAGGAUAUGGAAAAAAUAGAAUUAAAGAAACCAAAACUCGAAUAA